ACAUAAUUGUUCUCAACGUCGUUUGCAACAGAUAAUAUUCAAAAAACAAAAUACAUGUCUCUCAGUACCAUUUUGCAUUAGCAAAGUAUCGUUUUAUAAUCCAACCGCUGCGACUUGUAACGUGCUUAAGUAAUAAAUAAUUGUUUAAGUCUUUGGUAAGCUAAAAUUAGAUUGUUCCAUCGUAAUCGCAACCGGUUCUUAAUUUUUCGAUUAUUAAAGCCACAACAGCGGUAUACACGAAUAUAUGGUGAGUAAUUCGGUUAUGUGGUCAUACGGCUUUUGCAUAUUAGUCGGUGCUCUGCUGGUGGGAGCCGAAGUAAAUGCAGCCAUUGAAGUCAAUGUGCCCAUUGACAGUGUCGCUCAACGAGAAUCCGAUGCAAAAUAUUGGGUGGAAGCUGGAAAGAAAAAUGUAGCGGAAAAGUCAAAGUUAGCGCUGCGGACCAACACCGCCAAAAAUCUCAUAAUGUUUUUGGGAGAUGGCAUGUCUUUGACUACGUUGACAGCCGCUAGAAUUUACAAAGGUCAACUGAUAAAUUAUACUGGCGAGAGUGAUAAUUUGAGUUUCGAACAUUUUCCGUUUACCGGAAUAGCAAAGACUUAUUGUGUGGAUAUGCAAGUCGCCGACUCCGCGUGCACGGCCACAGCGUACUUGGCUGGUGUCAAAAACAAUUUAGGCACUAUAGGAGUAUCUUCCAAAGUGAAGCAGUACGACUGUCCGGCUUCGGUCAUCGACGAUAACCCGGAUUCUAUCAUGAAAUGGGCUCAAUGGGCCGGCAAGGCAACAGGAAUAGUGACAACCACCCGGGUCACUCACGCCUCCCCGGCUGGAGCUUUUGCGCAUACUGCCAACAGGGACUGGGAAUCGGACGCUGACAUGUUAAAACACCAAAAUAUAACCAACAUCACCCAGUGUGAAGACAUCGCAAAACAAUUGGUAACCAGAGAUCCGGGCAGGAAUUUCAAGGUUAUAAUGGGCGGCGGAAGGAAUAAAUUUUUGUUGAAAAAUGGCAAGACCGCUGAACGUUCGGACGUAGACUUGGUGGUACAAUGGAAAGAAGACAAGAAAGAGAGAUUUGAGAACGAAAACGCGGUGUAUAUGACUAACAGGGAAGAGCUCAUGACGACAGAUACGUCGAACGUAGACCAUUUAUUGGGGUUAUUCCACGACGACCAUCUCGACUUCCGGCUAAAGUCGGACGUAGUCAAACAGCCCACUUUGCAGGAAAUGACUUCCAAAGCUAUACAAGUGCUCCAACGAGAAAAGAACGGAUUUGUGUUGUUUGUCGAAGGUGGUCUCAUCGACAAAGGUCAUCACGCUACCUACGCUAAAAUAGCUUUGGACGAGACCGUUGAACUCUCCAAGGCCGUUACGGCAGCCGUAAAACUGACUAGUGAGGACGAUACUCUUAUCGUGGUCACAUCCGAUCACGCGCACACCAUGUCCAUGGCGGGAUAUCCAGCUCGAGGUUCUAACAUACUAGGGACGUCCGGUUCGUUAGCAAAGGACAACAUGCCUUAUACGACUCUGAGUUAUGCCAACGGACCGCAAAGCAACAACGAACCGACGGAUUGCCGCAGAAUGAACAUGACCAACGUUGAUUUCGAUAACGUCGACCUGAGGUAUCCGAAAUUGGUACCGUUGAAAGAUGAAACUCACGGUGGCGAUGAUGUGAUGGUGUUCGCAAGAGGACCCUGGGCUCAUUUAUUUACUGGAAACUACGAACAGAAUACUAUACCUUUGGCUAUGGCUAUGGCUGCAGGAAUUUCAACAGAUCCUCCACAAAAUAGCGCAUUUUCGUUAAACCAUCACUCUAACAGUGUAGUUGGAGCAUUUAUUUUUUUCUAUUUUCUUGUACGUCAUACCGUUGAUUUUAUCUAAUUGAUCAAUAACCCGUGGUUUGUACUACUUGUUUUUUGCAAUUAACUUGCUGAUGAGAAUUUAAUAUUUAUAUUUUAUUUAUAACUACAUUACAGUAGGUACGUCAUUUAAUAUUUACAUAGCGUAUUUGCGUAAAUUUAAGUACUCUUUAUAAACAAUACUUCUACUAGCAUAGAAUUAAAGGCGCUGUAAUCAGUAUUUAACAAUACUUAUGAUGUUUUUAGUCUAAUGCUUGUAAAUCUUUUUCUGGCAGAUAUGACGCAUGUGGAAACUCUUAUGAUGUCGGGUGUUUAGUUUAGCUUUAAACGAUAUCGUUUACCCUUUGAAUAAAACAACUUAAAUCGUUCAUAAAAAAGUAACAGGAAAGUAGUGUAUGUUAGGCUUAGUAUUAGGUUAAUCCGAUUGAAGUACUUCUUUAUUCUUACAAGUACAUUUUUUUAUAACUAACACUAUAAAAUUACAAUGAUCAUAAUGUGUUUUAGGGAAGGAAAAAUAUAAUGAAUACUGUUGGAUUUUUCCCCCUGAACGUACCUGUGAAUUUAGUAUUACCUAGGUUGUUUUUAAACUUCCUAAUUGCUAGUGUUACCUAUUAUAACAUAAUUAAAAUCAAUUUUUUAAUGUAAAAUUAUAUGUUACCAUCUUCGGAUCGCGACCAGAUUUAUCUCAAGUCUUAACUCGUUACUAACAUACGAUUACAUUGUACUUAUUUGAUAAACUACAGAAAACGCUCGAAGUUUCAUAAAUAUAUUACAGUACCGGUACAGGUAUUCUUUGGCUUUUGUGGUUCACCUUGAAGGAGUUCUCUACGACCACGGACCGACUAGCAGUGAAAACUACAAUAUAUUGCUUACUUAAACAAUGCUUUUUAAAUAAAAUUGUCACUUAUUCGCCGCUAACUUUAGAGUUACUCUGUUAAAGGCACGACUGUCCGUUGAGUACCUCGGCUGAAAUAUGGAACAAAUAUUCUGUCGCCAUAUUGGAGUGUUUAAAAUGGUCUAUACUAGGGCACUAGGUACAUUGUUUUAAUAAUUCUGACAUAGUAUCUUCAUUAAGUGCAGUAUUAACAGCUAAUUGUAAACUAAGAAUUGUACAAUAGACUUGGUAUUUUAUAUGUGUUAUCAGUUAUCACUGACUAUUAUAGUAUGAAUUGUCUGAACAGCAUUAACUAAUUAUUUCGGAUUAUCAAUAGAAUAAUAAACCUUAUCGUCGUUUAUUCCGACAAAACCCUGAAGUACUUUAUUUUAUUUUAUAAUAGGCCUUAAUUGGACCCUUAAGUACUUAAAGCAAUAUGAUUUAUUAUUAAACACUUACGUGAAAGUCGUGCAUUAUACGUGCAACUAAU